CCAAGUCUCACCAGCCAUCGCUACGAGUCGUAGGCCGUCCACUCCAUUGACCACCGGCCUCAUCGGGCACUACUACAAUCAGACUACUCGACAGGCAGAACGAACCUCUGCUGUCGCCAAAACAUAACCUCCAAGCAGUCUUCAUCACUCCUUUGAACCAACCUCGAUUAUUCCAACAUCCCGUCCACAGACAGAUCGCAUAGUGCCUCCUUAGAAAGGCAAUGAUGACCUAAGAGUGACCUCAGUAACAUCCGCAGCUUUGGUCAACCGUUUGGAAAUCUGCGACAAUCUCCUCCUCAAGGCGCCAGCAUCCUUCAACCUUUGGAAUACUGUGCAAAGGGACAACCAAGUAGUGCGAUCUCACAAUGGGUGGUUGGGGACUCUUCUUUCUCCUACUAUUCCUCCUCGUGAUUUUCGCUGUCGGUGGAUGGGUUGGCUAUACCCAGUGGACAGCGCGCAAACAGGGCCUGCCUGCGCCGUCUCUAAAAUCAUGGAAGACAUAUGUCCCCUUUAUGAAGACGCAAGGCUCAUCGAAUUACCCUGCACCUCGCCACGCCGGACCUCUCGAAUGGAUCCGUGACCAAAUCUCCAAGCUAGGCAACCGUCGCACUGCGCGCGGAGCGUAUGAGGAGGCUGGCGACAGGGAGGCCGGAUACGCCGGUGCCAGGCGAGGUCGUGGAGUCGAGGACGACGCUUGGGAUACCCGCGUUGGCAGCGAAGACCCCUACGCACCUGGUCCUGGUUAUAGUGGCUACGAAGAACAAGAACUUGGACUGGCGCCAACUCCUGGUCUGCAGAACGAGCCAUAUGGACGAGGUUAUUCGGAUGGAGCGGACAGAGGUCGGGCAAGUUCGCGACCCGGCGGUCUCGACCCUUUCGGUGAUCAGCACGAGGCACCCAGCUUGAGGAGUGUGAGCCCCAGGCCAGAAGGAGAUAGUCGAGGACACACCAAGGGCAACGCAAGUUUGGAUACUCAGGGAAGUGGAGACGGAAAUACUAGUCCGAUUAGUACGAGGAAGAGUGUUUUCCGAGAAAACAUGUCAUGAGUUGGGUGGCCACGGGGUGAAGAUGAUGAAAAGCUAGGUAUUUCCGCAAGAGGCAAAGCGAGUUGUACUCCAGAUCCAGUCGAAAACGCAUUGCGCCCGACUUCAACCAUCAGGCAGGGUGGGCUUCUGUUUGGCUUGCAUGCGAAAGAACUGGAUUAUUCAGAUUAAUGUCGAUUACAGCACGAAAUUUGGGGCUUGAGAGCGAACUUUGUACGCGUUGGAUGAGAAAACACAGGGUCGGAGUUUCGGACCUGAUUGAGUAGCUUUUCUUAUGAGCACAUUCUUCAAGUUGACAUAUUGCCUGUUUAUCAUGAGCAUCGUUGCCAGCCCGUGGAAGCCAGGCUUGAAGUUCUAACAAACAAGCUCGACCACUCGCCGUCCAUCAACACCUGAGGCCG